AUGCGUUCAAAGUCAAACAUCGCUCUCGGCCUUGCUGCCACUGGAUCAUUAGUCGCCGCUGCACCCUGCGAUCUCUACAAGAACGGUGGCACUCCCUGCGUAGCUGCUCAUGGCACAACUCGUGCUCUAUACGAUGCCUACACUGGACCUCUCUACCAGAUCAAGAGAGGAUCCGACGGUUCGACCACUGACAUCUCCCCCUUAUCAGCUGGUGGCGUUGCAAACGCCGAUGCUCAAGACUCGUUCUGCAAAAGCACUACCUGUCUCAUAACCAUCAUCUACGACCAAUCUGGCCGUGCAAACCACUUGUACCAGGCUCCCAAGGGUGCUUUCAGUGGACCCGACGUCAACGGAAACGACAACCUGGCAAGCGCCAUCGGCGCACCAGUAACUCUGAAUGGCAAAAAGGCAUAUGGUGUGUUUGUUUCGCCCGGUACAGGUUACAGAAACGACGAAGUCAGUGGCACAGCAACUGGCGACCAACCUGAGGGCAUGUACGCUGUCCUUGACGGAACUCACUACAACGACGCUUGCUGCUUCGAUUAUGGAAACGCCGAGACCAGCAACACAGACACUGGCAACGGCCACAUGGAGGCUAUCUACUACGGCAACAAUACAGUCUGGGGUACUGGCUCUGGCAGUGGUCCUUGGCUCAUGGCCGAUCUUGAGAACGGUCUGUUCUCAGGUCAGAGCCCGGCUCAGAACACUGCCGACCCUUCCAUUUACAACAGAUUCUUCACCGGAAUGGUCAAGGGUAAGCCCAACCAGUGGGCGCUUCGCGGUGGCAAUGCUGCAUCUGGUUCCCUGUCAACCUACUUCAGCGGAGCUCGUCCCACGGUCGGUGGCUACAACCCUAUGAGCCUCGAGGGCGCUAUUAUUCUUGGUAUCGGUGGUGAUAACAGCAACGGUGCUCAGGGUACUUUCUACGAGGGAGUCAUGACCUCUGGCUACCCAUCUGACUCGGUCGAGGCUUCCGUACAGGCCAACAUCGUUGCUGCCAAGUACGCAACAACAUCUUUGAACACCGCACCUCUCACUGUUGGCAACAAGAUCUCGCUCAGAGCCACCACUCCUGGCUAUGACACCCGCUACAUUGCUCACUCUGGUGCCACUGUCAACACCCAGGUCGUCUCCUCAUCCAGCGCCACCAGCCUCAAGCAGCAAGCCAGCUGGACCGUCCGCACCGGCCUCGGUAACAGCGACUGCUACUCCUUCGAGUCCGUCGACACCCCUGGAUCUUUCAUCCGCCACUACAACUUCCAGCUCCAGCUCAACUCCAACGACAACACCAAGGCUUUCAAGGAGGAUGCCACUUUCUGCUCCAACACUGGCUUGAGCUCUGGCAACACCAUCAGAUCUUGGUCAUACCCAGCCAAGAGCAUUCGUCACUAUAACAACGUUGCUUACAUUGCAUCUCAAGGUGGAGUUCACGAUUUCGACUCUGCCACUAGCUACAACAACGAUGUCAGCUUUGUGGUGGGUGCCAGCUUUGCUUAA